AGGCUGGAAGAGGUCUUCUCAUGAGGGUAAUUGACAAUUCUUAGCACGGUGUCUCAUUUCUUUGGAGAAAAAAGAGAUGCCUUUGGAAUCUCUCACAUUCACUGACUCUCUGUCCCUUCCCUUCCCCUCCCCUCCCUUCCCCCUCCUCUUAUGUCUUCUCAGUUUCCCUGUGUGUGUGUGUGUGUGUGUGUGUGUGUGUCUGUCUGUCUGUCUGUCUGUCUCUCUCAGUAAUCACCUGCAUACACUUUCUGUGAUAUUCACCCUGGAAGAUCCUCAGCCAAAGUGGGGCUAAACUCUGUAUUUUCAUGUUCGUAUAGCCUCCCCCCAGACGGUGAAUGCAGGUAGCCCUGCUUUGGAGGGUUUGCCUACCAGGUAGGAAAAGAGGCUGCAGGGGGUAGAUUCUGGAAAGAACUCAAAGAGUGGUCCACACGACCCUGACCCCUUCCCGGGAUCCUCCUAUUUCCGCCUGUUCAGUCCAACCUCACUUGGUUGGCUCCCGUAAGUUCCCUGUCUGCCCCUCCUCUGUGUUUCCUGGAACUCUCCACUGCAGAACCAUUUCCAGGAAUAUGACUCAAGAGAUGUCCCCACUCAGCCAGACCUCAGCGUCUUCUUGCUCCCCAGGACACACUUCAUCUCCCUCCACCUCCGCGAGCCCCUCUAAUACACAGAAAUCCAUCUGUGUCUUCUCCAGGCCUCCUCACUUCCUUUCUAGCCACCCUUCCCUUAUGCAAACCCUGGUGCAGCAACUCACCUAAAUUGAACACAGGCUUGGUAAGUAGGGGAAUGGUGUCACUGUUAUAAUGCGGAUCUAUCAUUAAGUCACUUCUGAUUAUUAUCAGCAUGCCAACAGUGUGUGCCCCAAGAAAGAGCAGUUGACUGCAAAGCUCCCUCGCAAGCCACUACAUUCAGUACUACACCCGGUGCCCAUUCGCCCUCAUCCUUUGUCCUAGACUGGUUUAGCAAAAGAAAUGAGCCCGAGACCCUGAGCCAGAGCCACCCCUCAGGGGCAUGUCCACAAUUCACUGGAAGCUCGCAGCUGCCUCCUCCUCACCUGCGGCUUCUGAAGAAGGAUCGAGGGAAAGCCCCUGCCGACCAGCAGCCAGUGGGAAACUCUGAUCCUGCUCCAGGCCUCCGAAUCAGAAUCUGUUGUUUAGAAAACCCUCCAGGGAAGCAUAGGCUCGGGCGGAAGUUCUGACGACCGUGGGCCCCCGGCAGCCUGCUGCCCCAGGAAGGCUGGUGAUGGCGGUUUCCCCAAACUUCUGCCUCCCCAGGGGUCUGCUCAUCCUCAUUUUCUUCCAGCUGUGCAAGCCGGAUUCGGCCCACUUCGACGUGAUCGGGCCGGCGGAGCCCAUCCUGGCCAUGGUGGGUGACGACAUCGAGCUGCCCUGCCACCUGUCCCCGAACGUGAGCGCCGAGCGCAUGGAGCUGCGCUGGUUCCGCAGGAAGGUGGCGGCGGCCGUGCUGGUGCGCCGGGACGGGCGCGAGCAGGCCGGGGAGCAGGUGGCCGAGUACCGCGGCAGAGCCACGCUCGUGGCCCGCGACAUCGCGGCGGGGCGCGUGGCCGUGAGGAUCCACCGGGUCAGGGCCUCGGACGACGGCGAGUACCGAUGCUUCUUCCGGCAGGACGGGAGCUACGAGGAGGCCAGCGUGCACCUUCAGGUGGCCGCUCUGGGCUCUGAUCCUCACAUCCAUAUGGAAGUUCGAGAAAGUGGAGAGGUCCGGCUGGAGUGUACCUCAGUAGGAUGGUACCCAGAGCCCCAGGUACAGUGGAGGACUUCUGAGGGAGAGAAGUUUCCAUCCACGUCAGAGUCUAGGAAUUCUGAUGAAGAAGGCCUGUUCACUGUGGCAGCUUCAGUGAUCAUCAGAGACCCCUUCAUGAAGAAUAUAUCCUGCUGUAUCCGGAACCUCCUUCUUGGCCAGCAGAAGGAAGGAAACAUUUCCAUACCAGCUUCCUUCUUCCCAAAGUUGACUCCCUGGAUGGUGGCGGUGGCUGUCAUCUUGAUGGUCCUAGGAGUUCUCACAAUUGGGUCCAUAGUUUGCACUUGGAGACUCUACAAGGAAAGAUCCAGACAGAGAAAGGAUGAAUUCAGCUCUAAGGAGAAACUCCUGGAAGAACUCAAGUUGAAAAAGGCAACGGUGCAUGCAGUUGAUGUGACUCUGGAUCCAGACACCGCCCACCCCCACCUCUUUUUGUAUGAGGAUUCCAGAUCUGUCCGACUGGAAGAUUCACGUCAGGAACUGCCUGAGAAACCAGAGAGAUUUGACUCCUGGCCUUGCGUGUUGGGUCGUGAGACCUUCACGGCAGGGCGACAUUUCUGGGAGGUGGAGGUGGGAGACAGGGCUGACUGGGUGGUCGGGGUGUGCAGGGAGAAUGUGGUGAGGAAAGGGUUUGACCCCAUGACUCCUGAGAAUGGGUUCUGGGCUGUGGAGUUGUAUGGGAAUGGGUACUGGGCCCUCACCCCGCUGCGGACCCCUCUCCCCUUAGCAGGACCGCCCCGUCGGGUUGGGAUUUUCCUGGACUACGAAUCAGGACAGGUCUCCUUUUACAAUAUGACUGAUAGGUCCCAUAUCUACACUUUCUCCAACCCCUCCUUCUCUGGCCCGCUCCGGCCUUUCUUCUGCCUGUGGUCCUGUGGUAAAAAGCCCCUGAUGAUCUGCCCAGUCACCGACGGGCCUGAGAGAGUCACAGUUGUUGCUGAUGCCAAGGACUUCACUAAGGAGAUCCCGCUGUCCGCCAUGGGGGAGGACUCUGCCUCUGGCGAUACAGACACCCUUCAUUCUAAGCUAAUCCCCAUCCAGCCCAGCCAAAGGGCACCUUAAGGAAUGUCCCAGCCCAGCUACUUUCCUUUGUCCUAAGCCCUCCCCCUCCGGCCCCUCUGACACACCAGCGGCCAGGCCCGCCCAGCCCCUGUUUCCCCCUGUUGGGGAGGGAUCAGUUGGUCUUGGGAGGUGGGGUGCGGGGUGCGGGGCCUUCCUCAUCGGUUUCUGUACUGAUCCUCGGGGGCAGGAGGUCACGCUGAAGCUGCAGCAGUCUCCUGUCUCCGGAGGCCAAAUCCUAUAGGGAGGGGCGGCUCAGCGAUCCAGAUGGGGUUAGGUUGGCAUGGGGUUGUGACAGAAACAUCUGGGCGUCCCGAAUAGGGAUGUGUAGAGGAACAGGUUUUCGGCAAGCAGGAAACCCAAAAGGUUCUGGGAAGAGAAGAUUCAAGGCUGAAAUCCCAUAAAGGAACUGGGGGGUACAUCACGAUGGACUGUGAGGGGAACCCAGGCCAGUGAUGAGCACCUGGCCCGCUUCUAGACUUUCUGGGCCUGUAUGUCCAGCUUUCUAAGACACCUCCUACAAAGUAGAGGAAACUGGCCCUACUUCCACGGGAUCUGAGCCAUGGGCAUGGGGACCUGGGGAAGGGAUGAAAUGAGCGGGGCUGGGGGGCAGACCAAAGAUCUGAUCCAAGAGAAAACUUCAGACCAAACCCAGGCUGGGUGCCUGGCUGUGCCCCAGAUCCUGCUCUCCUCUCGGCCUCGGCCUGUUUCCCCCUCACCCGGGUGUCCUUCCAACCUCACUCCGUGGACGCCACACAAGUUUCCAGCUCUCUUCUUCCUUUCACUAUAGAAUCUCUCCAUCCCAGAGGCUUUUCAGGAAUCCUCCUCAGUGACAUCACCCCUUUAUCCGCCAGGGUCGGCCUCGGCACCCCUCAGCCCUCCUCCCAACCUCUGGGUUAAACCCCCAAACACACCUUCAGUUCGCUCCCCCUGCCACCCAUGCGCACCCCCCGCCAGCGUUCACUCGCCCCACCCCACAGGCUGCUUUUCCCCUGGGCCCCCAGAUGCUGCGUGCUGCUGUGAGCUCAGCUAGCUGACCAUGUCCCCUUGUGUCUGCACUUUCCUGUACACAGUGGCUCGAGGGCAUGCCCCCGAACUGCAGAUUUAUCUGGGCGCACACCUUCCAUUUCCAUUGCAUUUUUCCAGUUUCCAGAGUAGAUGUCGCCCACGGUCUUAACCUAAUAAAUAAGUCUGUUGAUUGCUGAAGGCAGCACCUGCACCUUUCCUUUAUCCCGACAAGUGCAAGUGAAGUAAGAACAAGUGGGAACGCAGCUGGCUGGCCAUGGCCACGCGUCUGUGUGUCCAAGGCUCACCCGCAGCCAGGGGGCGGGGGGCUCGCCAAGGCAGGAGGCACAAGGGGCUGUUGGCGCGUGGGGAUCUGGCUGCCCACAGAGGCCAGCGUGCUGGUGGCUGCCCCCACUCAGCCUCCGUUCAGGGGGCGGGGGUGACUCCAUAUCCACUCCUAAAAAGGUAAUUGACUCCUGGUGUAGGUGAGUGAGGCCACCUCUUCAAAUGUUCACAGCACUUUUCCAGGGGGAGGAAAUAUUUGGGAAAUUUUUAAUGGUAA